AUGUCCGAGUCACCUGUCUUUGAAAUUAGCUACGACUGGGGCAAGCUCGGCAAGGAUGGAUCCAAGUGCUCACACUUCGCCAAGGGCCUCCCCAACUUCGAGUACGACGAGAACAAGCCUUAUGCGGAGCUUUGGAUGGGCACGCACCCGUCGUGCCCCUCGACGCUCAUGGCGACCGGACAGGACUUGAAGAAGUACCUCAAGUCCCGGCCGGAGCUGCUCGGCGACAAGGUCGUCAAGAAGUUUGGCGACGACUUGCCGUUCCUCUUCAAGGUCCUUGCUAUUCGCAAGGCGUUGUCGAUCCAGGCGCACCCCGACAAGCAGCUCGCCCAGAAGCUGCACUCUGAGAAGCCCGACAUCUACAAGGACCCGAACCACAAGCCCGAAAUGGCUGUUGCGCUGACCGACUUUUCCGGCUUCUGCGGCUUCCGUCCUCCCUCCGAGAUUGCCUCCUUCCUCGACUCCGUUCCCGAGUUCGCCGCUGUCGUCGGCGAGUCCGUCGCCUCGUCUUUCAAGUCCAAGUUCGGCUCGUCAUCGUCGCCCUCCGAGGAGGACAAGAAGGCUGGCUUGAAGGAGAUCUUCACGCCUCUCAUGAAGGCGGAGGACAAGCUUGUCCAGGAGCAGGUCGAGAAGCUUGUCAAGCGCGUCGAGAAGGGCGACUCUGGCCUCGACAAGGAGGAGAGCGAGUUGAUCAAAACGCUCAACUCGGAUUUCCCGGGCGAUGUCGGCAUCUUCUGCACGUUUGUACUCAACAUCGUCAGGCUCAAGCCGGGAGAGGCGGUCUUCCUCAAGGCUAACGAGCCUCACGCAUACCUCGAUGGCGACAUCAUGGAGUGCAUGGCGACGUCUGACAACGUCGUCCGCGCUGGUCUCACCCCCAAGCUCCGCGAUGUCCCCACACUCACCUCGAUGCUCACCUACACCUCGUCGCCUCCCUCGGAGCAAAUCAUGAACCCCGUCGGCUUCCGCUCGACAAAGCACACCACCCUCUACGACCCGCCCAUCGACGAGUUCUCGGUGCUCCUCACCGAGCUCAAGGACGGCGAGACCGAGAAGUUCGACGCCGUCGAGGGCCCCAGCAUCCUCAUCUUUACCCAGCUCGACGGUGGCGCCGAGACGGCCCGGCUCAGGUGGAGCAAGGGCGACGAGGCAAUCAAGCGCGAGGGCCAGGUCUUCUUUGUCGGCGCGGGCGAGGAGAUCAGUAUCGAGGCCAAGGGCGGCAGGGUCAUUGCGUACCGUGCGUUCGUUGAGGCGUGA